UCUAGCUCCGGCUGUUUGUGUUUUACUAUGAGCAUCAGGAUUGCGAGGCAAAAUAUGUUUAUAAUAAACACCCCCGAGGAGGAGGAAAAGUGCACAGAGGCGCAGCUGGACAUCCUACUGAAGAUCAACACCGGGGAGUACCGACUGGUGAAAAAGAAUAAGCGCAGUUCCGUAUGGAAUGUCUACCGGGAAAUAGAACGAUCGAUCGAUGGCUCCAAAUUGCGAUGGCGCUACUUUUGCACCGGCUGCAAGAGGGUAAUGCAGUCCACCGGUGGAACUACCUCAAACCUUCGCAUCCACAAAUGCCACGUGCGGUAUCUUAAACAAAACGCUCAUCUCACCGAGAGCAGUCUACCCCAGGGACACGCCCCCGCCUCUAAAUCCGCUAGUCAGGCGCUGCAUCGCAUCCAGAAACCGUCGAUAAAACGACCCUCAACAUAUGCCACCAAGUACGACCAGUUCUAUCAAGUAACUCCCCACAACCAGUACAGCGACCUGGACGAGGACACAGAGGUGCCCUUGGAGGAAGAGUGUCUUGUGGAGCAUAUUUCAGAAGCCGAGCGUGUGGUCCAAUCAUCUAAUUCCCGACCCCUGCUAAAACUAUUCUCCGAGGAGAACUUAUCGGUCGAACCAGAACCGGAAGAGGGCGGAGAAGAAACGGGAGAACUUGAGGAACAGGUACCCAUCGAGUUGGACCUAAAUGAUAUCCACCAGACCUCACCGGACUAUAACCAUGAGACAGUCGAGGCGAAAUCAGAGGGAAAUUGCAAUCAGUUCGAUGCCAGCGCCUUGGCCGAAGCUGAAUCCUAUGCCAAAUCAUGGGCUCACGCCUUUCUCCGACUAAGCGAGGACCAAAAGUUCUAUGCCAAGCGGUCUAUUGACGAGCUCCUCGUCCUAGGUCGUCUAGAACGACUCAACAUUUCAACUGUCACAUCCCUAUCCUCAAACCUCUAGCACCUUACAAAAACAGCAAUAUAUAUUUUAGUUUAAAAAAUUAAUUACACUACAGAUAAAAUAAUUUGCUCAACUAAUUUAGUUGUCUUUUAAAAAAGUGAGUUAAUAGACAUCAAAAUGUCGCCAUUUAUAGACAAGUUAGUUAAUUUCCUCUUUUAUUAAUUUUAGGUAAAAUAUUGUAAUAAGCUUCUCAAGGAUUUUGUUUGUCCCAUUUUUUUUCGUAUUAGACUUGCCAUUAAAAUAUAAUUAUUAAGACAAACUAAACCAAAAGUUGU